UUCGCUGGCCAACAACACACACACACGGAAAAGUGCUGGGUCGCGCGAGAAAACUGUGGAAAAUUCAUUUAAGAAAUUGGAAAAACUCAGCAAAUACAAUGUACAGUGCUUGAGCGAGGGCGAGUAUUGAGUAGCAUCUGAAGGAAUCCAGUGAAGACGCGGGUGGUAUGCUACCGGAUGGCCAGGGCAGGUGGCCAAAACCGAGCUAACGGGAUAUGUGGUGCAAACGUGGUGCGUGCGUGGUGCCAGUGAGUGUGUGAAUGUGUGUGUGUGCAGCUGCAAAGUAGGCUAAGAAAAUCGCAGAGCCUGGUAUUUAUGUCGCGCUCCCGCUGGAUCGACCUCCAUCAUCAGCAGUUACUAGAUCAUUGGACUCCGAGGAUAGCGCUGCUCAAUCAUCAUGGCCUGGUCGCAUCUCCUGGCCUGGUGGCGCCUCUGCUUGGGCCUGCUCUCCGUUCUGGUCUGUUUGGCACCGUGCGUCAAUCUGCAGCCAGCCGAGAACAUCAACUACAAUCUCGUUCAUUCGUGGGCCGACAAAUUGGGCAUGGAGCUGUUUCAUCUGGGCGAUUUCAUCACCAGGCGCAAGGAGGUGCAAGAGAGUUUCAAGGAUGCAAAGGUCGUUUCGCGCAACGGCGCCUCUAUCGUCGAUUCGAUGGCCAAGGAAAUCGAAAUGAUGAUGGACCUAAAAGUCAGUGCAGUGAGGCGAAUCAUGGACACGGCUGAGAACACGGCGUUGUCGCAUCAGAACGACAUGGCGGACAAGAUGUUCUCCUAUUAUAGUGCCAAGGAGAUGCUGGAGCCCGGCGAUCCAGUACCGCCCAUUCCCACACCGGCUCCCGACAUGGAUAAGGACAUAGGCGAGCCGCUGAUCUACGUCCAACCGAAGGUGGUGGUGCUGGAACCGCGUCCGGAGUUCCACAAUACUCCGGUCAACUUUAGCGUCAGUUCGGUCCACGUGCCAGUCAAUGUGUUCGAUCGAGCACCGGAUGUGAUAAAAGCAAUUCAGUGGUCGGAGAAUUUGGAUCAGAUAUUCCGUGACAAUUACAAAAACGAUCCGACAUUGUCGUGGCAAUUCUUUGGCAGUUCGACUGGCUUUAUGCGUCAAUUCCCUGCAUCGAAGUGGCGAAAGGACGUACCGGUCGAUCUAUACGAUUGCCGACUACGCUCCUGGUACAUGGAGGCGGCGACGAGUCCGAAGGAUAUUGUUAUCCUGAUGGAUGGAUCCGGUUCAAUGUUGGGACAGAGGCUAGAUAUCGCAAAGCAUGUUGUCAAUACGAUACUCGAUACAUUAGGUACAAAUGACUUUGUGAACAUCUUCACCUUUGAUAAGGAAGUGAGCCCAGUCGUCCCAUGUUUCGAAGACACACUGAUUCAAGCCAAUCUGGGCAACAUACGCGAACUGAAAGAAGGGAUUGAACUGUUUAGACCCAAAUCGAUCGCCAAUUAUACCGCUGCAUUGACAAAGGCAUUCGAGCUAUUGGAAGAGACCAAGUUGAGUUCGCGCGGGGCGCAGUGCAAUCAGGCGAUCAUGAUCAUUGGCGACGGGGCGCCGGAGAACAAUCGCGAGGUCUUCGAGUUGCACAAUUGGCGGGACCCGCCGUACAAGCCGGUCCGUGUGUUCACCUACCUGAUUGGCAAGGAGGUGGCCAAUUGGGAUGAUAUACGGUGGAUGGCGUGCGAGAAUCAGGGCUACUACGUCCACCUCAGCGACACCGCCGAGGUGCGCGAGAUGGUCUUGAAUUACAUACCGGUUAUGGCCAGGCCGCUCGUCCUGGGCAGGCACGAUCAUCCGGUGAUUUGGUCGCAGGUCUAUGCGGACAUCGAGGACACGAAGCUAUCCGACUAUCUGUGGGACAUCAAUCAGUGCGAGUACCAGAAGGCCGAUGUCCUCGAGUAUUGGCAGGUGCACGACCGGAUGCUGGAGCCCAGCGAAAUGCACCGCCGGAAGUACAGAAGGAUGAAGGAGACCUGGAACCAGCCCGUGGACUCGAAUGUGUACCAGUUCAUGACCACCGUAUCGAUGCCCAUCUACGAUCGUCGCGAGAACGCGAAUAUCACCGAAGAAGUUUUAAUAAAUGAAGCACUCUGGGAAUUGCAAACACGUGAGACUAGGAUUGCGAAUAUAUUGGGCGUGGCCGGCACGGAUGUGCCCAUCAAUGAAAUCAAAAAGCUGCUGUCGCCGUUCACGCUCGGCGUGAAUGGCUAUGCGUUUAUAGUAACCAACAAUGGUUAUGUACUAUUCCAUCCAGACUUUCGUCCAAUUUUCCAAGGCUACAUAUUAAAGCCAGCAUACAAUAGCGUUGACAUGAUUGAAGUCGAGCUAUUGGAUGACGAUCGACCCGCCAGAGACUUUAAUCCAGUGCUGAUGACGAUAAGAGAUUCUAUAAUCAAUCAAUCGACAGGCAGCAAAUGGAUGCUGGUCAAAAAUCAUUUCGAUGAAAUGAAACGGGUGGCACGCAUAAAGCGACAAUACUACUGGACGGCCAUCAAGAAGACGCCCUUUACUCUGGUCAUUUCCUAUCCGGAGCAAUACGGCGUGAGUCACAUGGACAUCCGAGCUGACCAGGAGAUCCAUCGCAUAAGCAUAAAGGGCACAAACUUGCGCAGCGUUUUCAGCGGCAAGCGGUGGAAAAUUCAUCCCGACUGGCUAUUUUGCAAGCACAGCAACAGGACAUUCAAAACGCCAGAGAUCGAACUGCUGUACUUUCUCGAGCGUAUGUCUGAGCCUGGCUGGCGAUGGCCGGGAAGUCGGAGUGCUAUGCCCCCGGAGCACGCGGCCGCCAUGUUUUCUAACAACUCAUCAACCGGCCGUUAUCCAUCAAUCAAUGAAAAAGAAAGCUACUAUUGCGAUCGGCAGCUAAUGCAGGCUCUGGUCUUCGAUGCCCGAGUCACCGGGUGGUUCUCCAACAACACCAGCUUCAACUCCAAGGACGACAAGGGCACAAGCGCAUCAAGCCCAAUAGCUGUUCUAAUGGGUUUGCUGCCAAGAAACGAAUUCAAGCAGCGUUUUGGCGUCACCGUCGCCUUUUUGGCCACCCACAGUGGUCUCACCCGCUGGCAUGAGUUCCACUCGAAUGCUGCCGAGGAAUCCGGAGUCGGCGAGACUUUCAGCCAAAAUAACACGCGGGCCAUCGAUGAGAUUUGGUACAAACGCGCAGUGGACCAACAUUUUGUGCGGGAGGAGAGCUUCGUUUACUCCGUGCCCUUCGAUGCGGGUGAAAGCAACUCAGAGAUCCUGGUGACCGCCAGUCAUGCCGUUUUCCACAAUGAGGGCGGCAAGACUGCACCGGCGGCUGUUGUGGGCUUCCAGUUUCAGCACUCGGCGCUCUACAAGCUCUUCCACAACAUCACCGGCAAUGCCUGUGCCGUGGAUGACAAAGACUGCUAUAUACUGGACAACAAUGGCUAUGUGAUCAUUUCGACGAGGGUCCACGAGACGGGGCGAUUCUUUGGCGAGGUGAACGGAGCGAUCAUGAAGCGACUGCUGGAGGAGAAUGUCUACAGGCAGGUCACCGUCUACGAUUACCAGGCGGUGUGCUUCGAGUCCAAGAACGAUAACAACGCCUCCAGCAUGCUGCUUUCGCCCCUGUUCCAUCUGCUGCGCGUGGGCAAAUGGCUGCUGCAUACGGCGCUGUGGUAUAUUGUACAACUGUUGCAGUGGGCGCCCGGAGUGUCCAGCCACUAUGCGGACAUGUAUGGCGACUCCAAUGACACGGAGCCACCGCCGCCGGAGCCGCAUCCGGAGCACCAUGCCCGCAACGGCAAUGGGCAUGGGAAGAAGGACGAUGACCUCUGGCUGCGCUACUUGACACUCCAUCGCACCCGGCUCAAGCCGUGCGACAUGAAGCGCGAUCUGUACACGCUGUUCAACGAGAAGGACAACGUUGUCUACAAUAUGACAGCCCAUGCAUGUGAGCGGCCAUUUGUCGUCCUGCCCAUCCCGUUCAGCAACCUCAUCCUGCUGGUCAUCGACCAGCUGUGUCCCAGGGACGGCUCCGUCGUCCUCACGGUCAAUCCGCAGCCGAUCGACUACCAUCUGUCGGUCAACGAUUCGCUGGCCUGCUACAAGCAGGCUCGCGAGUUCAACCGCAUGCGACCCCACAGCUGCAUCAGUCGGCACGCGAACGAGAGCGGCAUUAAGCUGUGCGGAAAGGCCUGCUCCGUGUACGCGAACCUGGGGCUGCUGCUCCUCUGCCACAUACUGAGUCGCUGGCUGUAACGGCGGACGAUGGAUUUAGCUUAGAUCUAGGCAAUAUGUUUUUGUAUUAUAUACGAAGGGCAAUCCAGGAGGUGGGAAAAUUUUUUACUCUAACGCUUGAGCGCAGUUCAAUAUUUUUGGUCACCUAGAGAAACUUUUCCAAAUUAGUUCUUAAGUAGCUAAAUACGAGUAUCCGUAUCCGCGACCGAAUCCGGAAGCGGAUCCGCAUCAGCGAACGCGGACAGUGUGUGCCGCCUAUGACGGACUGGGCGCAGGGCUUAUGGUAGACCUUCCAAUAGACAGGACAAAAACAUAUAUUUACUGCAUUAACAUAUGAAUAUAAAUAUUAUAUAUUGUAUAACUGAAAAUUCCAACAACGGCCUUAAACGACUUGCAACCUUCAAGUAAGCUGAAUGCAAAGCGC